AGCACAUUGGUGUGCUGUCAACUUUUACGGCUACAACAGUAUAUCAUGCCUUUUCUGCAAUUUUAAAGCAUUAAUAUGUUCAAUUGUUAACAUUUUACAUAAUUUCUUGAAGACAAACUACAUGUUCUUUUGACGGUGUAAUUUUCUGAUGCACCUUUCUACCAUUUACAGAGGAAAAUGAAGAAAUACAUGGUAGUAUGGGGUUCUAUGUUUUUCAUCGUAGUCAUUAUGUCGCUGUAUCUCAUGAUGGAAACAGUAUCGAACAACAUGGGGAGAGUCAGUUCUGACGAUGUACUGAAUGCAGACAAAUUAUCGAAAUUAGAGAACGAUUUAAAUAAAAAUAAAAAAAUAAUAAAGGAAAUAAAGGACACAGUGAGGUUUGUUUCUCAAGGUGAUAAAGACUCGCUGAAAAAAUUAAACGAUAUUAUCAAUGAUGCCGAUUCUAAGUUUAACCAGGCAAAAGAGGCAGUCAAGGAACUUUUACAAAAACCAGCUGAAAAGAUUCAAGCAGAACAACCUAUUGCAAGGGUUGCAGUACACAAUGUAGCAGUUAGUGGUAGUAAUCAAGUCUGUACGUUAGCUGAUGCACCAAAUAUCAAAACAGAUGUUCAGAUGUUGAAAUUGGUUGACCUUAUGACCUUUGAGAAUCCAGAUGGAGGCGUAUGGAAACAAGGAUGGAAUGUUAACUAUGACAAAAAUAAAUAUGACAAGAAGAAGUUGUAUGUGUUUGUGGUUCCACACUCACAUUGUGAUCCAGGUUGGGUAAAGACACUUGAUACUUACUACAAUGAUCAAGUGAAAGGAAUAUUAGAUAACAUGGUGGCUAAGUUAGAGGCGUAUCCUAAAAUGAAGUUUAUGUAUGCAGAAGUCUCAUUCUUCUCCAUGUGGUGGAGUCAGAUUGACCAGAAUAAAAAGAACAGGGUAAAAAAAUUAAUAGAGAAAGGCCAGUUUGAGAUAAUAACAGGAGGCUGGGUGAUGAAUGACGAAGCUAAUACACAUUACUUUGCUAUGAUUGAUCAGAUGAUUGAAGGCAACCAAUGGCUGAACUUGACACUAGGAGUUAGACCAGAAUCUGGCUGGGCCAUUGAUCCCUUUGGACAUACUCCCACCAUGGCUUAUCUGCUGAAGAGGAUGAAUUUCAAAAACAUGCUAAUACAGAGAGUCCAUUAUGCUGUAAAGAAAGCCCUAGCUAAAGAAAAACAACUGGAAUUUAUGUGGAGGCAAAACUGGGAUCAGGAAGGAUCGACAGACAUUUUAUGCCAUAUGAUGCCUUUCUAUUCCUAUGAUGUGCCACACACAUGUGGUCCGGACCCUAAGGUCUGUUGUCAGUUUGAUUUUGGUCGUCUUUCUCCCAGUAGGUGGAACUGUCCUUGGAGAGUACCACCUGUACAUAUACAUGAAGGAAAUGUUCAAGAGAGGUCUCUGACUUUACUAGAUCAAUACAGGAAGAAAGCUGAGCUGUACCGAAGUAACGUGUUGUUUAUACCAGUCGGUGAUGACUUCCGUUAUGACAGGGGAGACGAAUGGGACAAACAGUACACUAAUUAUCAGAAAAUAUUUGACCAUAUUAACUCCAAAUCUGACCUCAAUACACAGAUUCAGUUUGGAACAUUAACAGAUUAUUUUAAGAAGUUAUAUGAGGUAAAUGAUGUAGCCUAUGGACAGAAGCCACCUAGCUACCCUGUAUUGAGUGGAGAUUUCUUCACAUAUGCUGACCGUGAUGACCAUUACUGGAGUGGAUAUUAUACAUCAAGACCAUUCUAUAAAAGACUGGACAGAGUCCUAGAGUAUCAUCAAAGAUCAGCAGAAAUAGCCUUUACAAUGGCCACAGCUUACAGUAGAAGUGAAACCUAUUCUAACUUCCCUGAGAGUGCUCUGAUGAAGAUGUUAGUCACAGCUAGGAGAGCUUUAGGUCUGUUCCAACAUCAUGAUGGCAUCACAGGAACUGCUAAAGAUUUCGUCGUCAUUGAUUAUGGUAAAAGAAUGUUAGAAGCCUUGAUGAAUGCCAAGAGGAUUAUUGUUGAGUCCAUGACCUUCCUGACAGCCAAGUCGAAGUCUGACUACAAGUACAGCAACGAUAAACCUAUAUUUAACUUGGAUGAAAGCAGAGAAAAUCAUGAUUCUUUGGCAGAAAAGUCAGUGAUUGAUGUUACUGAAGAAGGAAGUCCAGUGAUCUUCUUUAAUUCCUUGGCUCACAACAGAGAACAGGUGGUAACAGUUCAUGUUAAUGCACAAAAUGUCCAGGUUGUUGAUGGCAAUGGUGCAGAAAUUCCAUCUCAGACUGAUGCAUUCUGGGUAAUAAAGAACAGAAUGGCUCCUGAGGAAUUUUUGGUGUCAUUUGUUGUUGAUGUUCCAGCCUUAGGUAGCGCCACCUACUUACUGAAGAGGACAACUAAGGGAAGUAAAUCCUAUGGUAAAGUAACAAUCUACAACACUGAGGCUGAAAAUGUUCCUGAACAAUCUCCAUUUACAAUCAAAACAGAACAAGAAAAAGAUUUCUCUGUUGAGAAUUCCUUCCUGAAAGCCGAGUUUUCUGGAAAUACAGGCUUUUUGAAGUCUGUGACAACGAAGGAUGAUGGUAAACAACACACGGCAGAAGUCAGCUUUGUAUCUUAUGGUAUAUCUCAUGGUAAAGAGAAGAGUGGAGCUUACUUGUUCUUACCUGAUGGUCCAGCAAAGCCUAUCAACUAUAUGUCACCAACGAUAAGGAUAACAAGAGGCCCCAUUGUGUCAGAGGUUGUAGUGUACCACCAGUAUACAGAACAUCAUGUUAAAAUUUUCAGUUCCCCUGGUACAGAUGGCAGUGCUAUAGACAUAUAUAACCUUGUAGAUAUUAGUAGUACUGGUGGUAAUAUUGAGACAGCCAUGAGGAUUAACACUGACAUACAAAACACAGAGAGAGAGUUCUUUGUUGACCUCAAUGGUUUCCAGAUGAUCAAGCACAAGAAAUUAGAUAAAAUUCCACUCCAGGCCAACUUUUACCCAAUGCCGUCCAUGGCUUUUAUAGAAGAUGAUAGUUAUAGGUUUAGUGUUUUGUCUGGACAGUCACUAGGCAUGGCUAGUUUAGAAGUUGGUCAGAUAGAGAUAAUGAUGGACCGACGUUUGAAUCAAGAUGACAACCGAGGUCUUGGUCAGCCUGUCCAUGAUAAUAAAGUUACUCCUAAUAGGUUUGCUCUCUUGUUUGAAAAGAGACUAAAGCCAAGGCCUAAAGAAAAAAUAACUGGAUUUCCGUCUCUUCAAGCUCAUCUAACCUCGUUACAGCUGAUUCAGCCAAUAUUUGUCAUUCCUAAAAAUAGUGAUACGGAAAGCAUUCCACUUUUACCGAACUUUAAACCAAUGCAGAAAACCUUCCCGUGUGAAAUCCAUCUAUUGAACUUCCGAUCUCUACGUUAUAGUGAAGAUGACACGUCUCAUGGAUUUAAGCCGAGAAAAGACGUAGCAUUGUUACUUCAUCAUUUAGGAUUUGAUUGUAAUUUUCCUAAUCGUGGAUUAAAAUGUGAUAGUUCAGAUGGACAGAUAUCAUUCCAACGCUUAUUUAAAGAGUUAACAUUUAAAAAUACCAAAGAAACAUCUUUAUCACUGAACUAUGAUCAAAGAGAUGUUAAGAAUGGAGAAACCAUGUCUCUUAAACCAAUGGAAAUAUAUGCAUAUCGGACAGAAUUACAGUGGAUGGCCUCAACGUACUGAUCCGUUUAUUUAUUGUUCAUAUUUAUGCAUUCUAAAUAUACUUGAAAUUGUUCCUGUAACUGUGAAUUCAGAAAUUUUAGCAUGCAUUACAUAAUGGAGAUUGUUGAUUAGCUGAAAUUCAAUGGAAAUAUAUGCAUAUCGAACAGAAUUACAGUGGAUGGCCUCAACAUACUGAUAUGUUUACUUAUUGUACAUAUUUAUGCAUUCUAAAUAUACUGUAGAAGCAGAAAUUUUCGUGGAGGAUUUAAUUUCGUUUAUUUUAUGGAAAGAAUAUAUCCAUGAAAUUAAAAAAAAAAACACAACUUUUAACAUUUAUAUAAUAUCAUUUCCAUUUAUUGGAAUCCACGAAAAUAAAUCCCCAUGAAGUCUUAUUACAACACAAAUCACGAAAUUUUAACCCCACGAAAAUUAGUGUUUCUACAGUACUUGAAAUUGUUCCUGUAACUGUAAAUUCAGAAAUUAUAGCAUGCAUUAGAUAAUGUAGAUUGUUUAAUAGGCUAAAAACGAGUGAUUAAUUCUUGUGAUUUCAGGAAAUGAGGGAUACAAAUAAUUCUUCAAAAUUUUUGUGUUCAUUUAAAAGAAACCUAUUUUGUUGCAAUUUUACUCCCUAUGAAAAGCAUAGCAAAAAUUUCUGAAUUUACUGUAAUUCACUUAUAUAAAAGAUGAAAACUAGUUUCCAAGGAGGAACAUUGAAAAAUGUGCAUUGGGGAAGAAAACACCAUUUUAUUGUUUCAUUGAAUUAUAUUUUGAUGAGGAACACUUAUUUAGAAUUGCAUUGACAAGGUUUAAUAUUUCUCUGUCUCACUAGCCGUAUGUUUUACAUUAUAAUAGUAGCUUUAAUAGGAUAAUUAAAAAGUAAAACGGAAAACAUGUUUAUAAUGGGUUCCAACUAUAUGUCCCCAUUUAAAUGCAUUGACUGGCCAAAAAAAGGGGGUGUUUCAACCCCUGGGACCCCUCCUCCCUUGGGUCCGCCACUGGUUUUAAUUUUAUCAGAAGCAGCUCAUAUAAUGAAUUAGCAGAUUUCUAAUAAUUUUUGUCUACCGGUACUAUCAGAGAGUGUCUGACAAAACCAAAAUUGUUACAGCGGAUUCCAUUGAGUGUGUAGCCAAAGGU